AGCCUGUGAAAGAGUCGGCGCGCUGCUGAGCUGUGCGGGCCUUGCUGUUUGGUAAGGCGAUGCUCAGCCAGGCGGAGAUAGGGCUCAUUAUCCGCAUGUGGGAGAGCAUCGCUCCCAGGGCAGAGGAAUUCGGAGCGGAGGCCUUAUUUAGGAUGUUCACCACUUUUCCACACACGAAGACCUACUUUGCUCACAAGGACAUCAGCGAGAAUUCUCCUUUCCUUCGCAGCCAUGGAAAAAAUGUUAUCGAUGCUGUUGGACUGGGAGCAAAACAUUUUCACACCCUAACCACUACAAUGGCACAGCUCAGUGCCUUCCAUGCAUACAUCCUGAUGAUCGACCCCUAUAACUUCAAGCUUCUCUCUCACUGCAUCCUGGUGACACUGUCCUGUUGGAAGGGUGACGAAUUUUCCCCAGAGGCCCAUGCAGCCUGGGACAAGUACCUGUCUGCACUGUCUGCUGUCCUGGCCGAGAAGUACAGAUAAAGGAUGAAGAUGAGCAGCUAACCUCAUGGUGUCGUCCCCUUUAUUUUCAGCUGCUUUGUUUCUUUACGGCUGCUUUUUUUUUUUUUUCUUUUUUUAAAUAAAAAGGCAUUUCUCUCGUUC